AUGGAAGUAAUUGUUCUUGGUUGUGGCCCCUCGUCCUCAGUGCCGUCCAUGCGCUGCAUCCUGAGUCAGAACUGUGCUGUGUGCCUGGAAGCACACACCAAUCCAAACUCGAAGAACAGACGACUUAACCCCAGUUUGCUCGUCCGCAACCUAAUAACCGACACCAACAUCCUCAUUGACUGUGGCAAGACCUUUCGUGAAGCCGCACUCAGAACCUUUCCUCAGAUCGGCGUCUCAGCUGUUCACGCACUUGUACUGACGCACGAUCACGCUGAUGCGUUGCUGGGUAUGGACGACCUCCGAGAAGUUCAAGCCCAUGUCGAGACUAUCGAUUCCAUGACUAAGGAGCUGUACAAGAUUCCUCCUAGGGCUAUGAAGGUACAUUGCAGUGAGUCUACAAGUCACGAUGUGAUCACCAAGUUCCCGUACUUAAUUGACAGUAAAUCAUUGUCUCCAGCUGAUGAGGCAGUACCAAAGCCAUUCCGGUGGACUGCCAAGCUUCAAGUUGACGCGUUUAAUCCGUGGAUGCCGUUCGAGGCUUGUGAUAUUAAGUUUCUGCCGUUCCCGGUGAUUCAUGGAGCAGGAUACACGUCAUUUGGGUUUGAGUUUGGAUUCGAGGUUGGCGCACGCUUCGUCUACAUUUCGGACGUGAGCGAACUGCCCGACGAGACGAAAACUUUCUUAAAUGAUGAAAGCAAACCUCGGAUUGAUGUUCUGCUGAUCGAUGCGCUUUUUGUGGAAAAAUACCACAGCACGCACAUGAACUUGCAAAAGGUGAUAGAGGAAAUUGUGACAUUCAAACCGAAGCGAACAUUGCUCACUGGCAUGAGCCAUGACUUUGACUACCCGAAACACAGCGUUGAGUUGCCCAAGAUAGGCCAGGAGAAGGGUCUGAAUAUCGAAAUGACCUACGACGGAUUGCGUAUUGCUUUCCCUUGA